UCCCUAAGACCGUCGCCCUCGCGAAAGGGCCUCAUCUGUCUGUGCAAUGACGGCGUGCUGCGCAGUUUCAGUUCGACGGGAACGGUAGUGGACUAUGCGCGGCUGAGUCCGGAGGAGAUUCAGGAUGCGAGUGAAUUGUUUGGCACCGAUCCGCAUCUGCAGCAGGAGAUGAGGAAGGUGUUUCGCGGGGUGGAUGGGUAUGAUGUGCCCAGUGAGAAAUUGGAGUUUCCGGAUAGGGAGUUGGUUCCGAGGCGGUUGAGG